AUGAGCAAAGCAGAGAAUGAGGCAGGGGAUGCAGGUCCUACUGUGGCUGAAGCUGACAUACAACAUAUUGUCUCAUCAUGGACUGUGAAAGCCAUUAGUCAGGCUAUUCGUAGAGCUCGGGUUGGACUGAAGAACCCUAACCGUCCAAUUGCUAGCUUCAUCUUUUUUGGUCCAACUGGUGUAGGGAAGUAUGAAUUGGCCAAAGCAUUGGUUGCAUACUACUUUGGCUCUGAAGAAGCUAUGAUACGACUUGACAUGAGUGAGUUUAUGGAAAGACACACAGUUUCCAAACUUAUUGGUUCACCUCUUGGGUAUGUUGGUUACACUGAAGGUGGGCAGUUAGUUGACCGAGGCAGUUCGACGUCGUCCUUACACUGUUGUUCUAUUUGA